UAAGGGUCGCUUUUGAAGGAAACCAGGACUUCUCUUUUCAGCCUGUUGGGUUUGUCGUAUUUUUGAAAAUGUUUUUGAACGCGAUGGGGUCAGAUGGCGGUAGAAAGCGUUGCAUGCUGGCAGUCUGAUGGGACAGACUAACAGCCCAGAAAUCUUGAGCUGCUGUUUCUUCUUUCUCUGAGAUAACCCUAAGAUGAAUAAUGAAGAGCGAACGUCUAGCCCCACGGAGGAUAAGGAAGAAAUGCCUACUAAUGAAUUACCAGAUUCGACCAGCACCUCCAAGCCGGGGAGAUAUAAAAUUGUGCUCGUAGGGGACGGGGGCACAGGGAAAUCCAGUUAUGUGGCCAGGCUCAAUUGCGAGGGGUUUCUAAAAGAGUAUGUUGCCACACUUGGGGUAGAGAAAAGUGAGAUACUUGUAGACACUUCGCAUGGUGAGAGCACCAUUGUUUUGUGGGACACUGCGGGUCAGGAGAAGCUGGGUCCUCUGCGCGAUGGGUAUUACAGUGGGGCUGAUGCUGCCAUUAUAUUUUUUGAUGUCACUUCGCGAGUAACAUAUAAAAAUGUUCCCAGCUGGCACAAGGACAUUAACAGGGUACAGUCCGACAUCCCUGUGGUCUUGUGUGCGAACAAGAUUGAUGUAAAAGAAAGGAAGGUGAAGAGCAAGAGUAUCACGUACCCCUCCAAGCACAAGAUUGGGUUUUAUGAGAUUAGUGUGAAAGAGAGAUCCUGUUUGAAGAAACCAUUAGAAUAUCUUUUACAGCAGCUCACCAAAGAACCAGAACUUUUUGUUAAGGAGUCAUUAGAUGCCAAGAUAUUUGGGGAUAUGAGCUGCAUACAACUUGGUACUGUUUAGCAUGAAAAUAUGUGUCUAGUUUGUUUUAUCUUAGAAAUUUUAGAUAUAUAUAUAUUUUAGAUCAAAUGUGGAUCUGACCAUUUUCUGAACUGACAAAAGUUCAUGAUUUCAGACUUGCUAUUCUUGGACAAUAAUAAUGAUUUUGUUAACUAUCUUCAUGAAUUUUAAGGAAUUAAGCUUUGUAAAGAAGAGCAGUAGUAGUCCAUAGCCUGUUUUGGAAAGUAGUUUUGUUUUUAAAAUUGUCUGUUCCACUACAUGAAAAAACAAUAAAUUUCACACCGGAA